AGAAUCCGAAUGCUUCAGUUCGGUCUUUACUUUGCCAGCGUCAAGAUGUCUAUAAUGCCUGCAAUCGUGCAAUUGGGUCUCUUGCUGUGUGUCCUGGGUGUUGUGUCAGCUCGUCAGGAUGUGGGGCGUCGCAGCUGUCAGGAAAUUGGAGAACGCUGCCAGACCCACGCGGAGUGCUGUUCACACAAGUGCAUGACCUACCUCAGUACCUGUGCCAAGAAAAUAGAUGAUCGCAUUCCCAUUCCCCACACGCCCGGCUUCAAUGGAAUCUUUGAUACUGGAAUCAAGGCACCGGUUGAUCAUGUGCAAGUCGUUGGACUUUCUGAUCUGCCAAAUCCUUCAAAGGAAGUUUAUAAUAUUGUCUCGCAGGCAGCACCACAAUGCCAGAAUGUCGGAGGACCGUGUAACACCAGCACGGACUGCUGUAAUUUGCGCUGUCACUUCUACAUGCACAGGUGUGUCACCUGAGCGAUUUUAGGGGACAAUAAGGAAAUGUGACAAACCAGCUUAUUACCAAAUUACAAAUUAUUACUGUUACAAAUUUAAUUAUUUAGAAAAUUAAAUAUAUUGUUGUUAUUUAAAAAUGUUAUUGAUUAUUGUGUUUAUUUGAUCUAAGGUUGUUAUAUUUACGAAUUUUACUUACAUUUAAAUUAAUGUUACGAACCAAAAUAUGAGGAUUCAAACCCUAAAAUUCAUUUUGCUUGAACUAUAUAUAUUUUAUAUAAAUUAUUUAUAUAUUAAAUAUGUAUGUAUUUGUUGUCAAACCCUUUAACUGACACUGUAAGUAAUAAAAUUGAUAAAGCAAAUGCGGGCUUUCUGCGACAACCUCAAAGUGAUAUGCAUUAAACUGAGCAAAAUGUAUAAAAAACCCAGCAUGUGCUUGACCUGAUAAGUUUGUUGUAUACUGUAUUUGUCAUAUCUUAUAUAUAUGUA